UGUGAGCUCAGUGGGGCUGUCGUAAAAACACUCAGGAGGAGAUGGAUGAGACACGGUGCUCUGAGAUCCGCUUCCGUCUCUGGUCCCGUUAAAAAAAACAAAAAAAAACUGGACUGGUAGAAGAUCUUAUUUCAUCGAGGAAUGGGAGCGUUACAGUCCUCACCUGGCCGACCAGAGUACGUUGAUCUGGCGGAAAAGACGGGUUUUUCAUUUGAGCAGAUUGGAGUCCUCCAUAAAAGAUUCAAGCAAUUGAGCCACAAUGAAGAAACUCUGGUGAGAGAACACUUCAGCAAAAUCCCUGAUCUUGAAUGCAACCCCAUCCGGUCUCAAAUCAUAGAGGCCUUCUUUGACAGAAGAAACUUUCGUCAGAAUGGCGAGGGUACUGUUGAGGAGAUCGGCUUCAAGGAGUUUCUGUUGGUCAUGUCCCAUUUCAGACCCCCCUCACUGCACGUAACAGAGGAGCAGCGUGAGAGAGUCAGGAGGGAUAAACUGAGAUUUUUAUUCAACAUGCAUGACACGGACAACGAUGGGACGAUAACCCUGGAGGAAUACAGACACGUGGUGGAGGAGCUGCUAUCUCUCAGCGAGGCCCUGGAGAAGGAUUCAGCCAAAAGCAUAGCCGAUGCAGCCAUGUUGGAAGUGGCCAGUAUCUCAAUGGGUCAUAUGGAACCCGAUGAGUUCUAUGAGGGAAUCACAUUUGAGCAUUUUCUCAAGUUGCUGAAUGGCUUUGAGAUUGAAUCAAGAAUGAACGUUCGCUUCUUGUACAUGGACACAACAACCUUGUGUAAGUGAGGCUGGUACACUAAACUAUUCAGUGACUCUGGGAAAACUCUGAAGACGCAUGAUUAUGGUUUCACUAUCUGUUGUUUCCAGUUUGUCGCUUGCACUGAAUAAUAUGCCUUACUCAUGUUCAAAUAACUAUGCAAAUGAAUACAUGUAUAAUGCUGAUGUAAUAGAUGUAGCUUAUUUGAUCGGAAGCAAUAAUAUAAGAUAACCAGUCAAAUAACAAUCAGCCUUGUACCUAGUACCUAGUACCCUUAGUAGUUUGACUAAGCAAUAGUGAAAUAUCCUUGUCUGCAGUAGCAGGCAGUAUAAAUCAAUGCAUGCAAAUAUUGAUAGAACCUUUACAAAUUUGAACACCAUAAAUCAAUAACUUUUAAUUAUCAGGGAUAUAAAGGUUUAUCUUUAAGUAUAUCUAUGGCUGUAAUAAUAGCAAUACAAUCAUUUGAGAUGCCUUUAUUCAUAUUACAAAAUAACAACUGGUGCAUGCUCUGCACACUACAUUUGCACAAUUAAUAACCGCAUUAAACAGAUCUGACUUCAGUUCAUGAUGUGUAUUUCUGAAAAAAGGGAAAUGGGAGUGCUCUAAUGCAAAAAAAAAAUGUUUAAAGGCUGUAUCACUCCUUAAAGAGGAGUGAUAAGAUGAAUCAGUCAGUCCUGGCUAACAAGUUUCCUGUCAAGCUCAUAUUACUGUCACAAUCCAUUAAAAAAAGCUUUUAUCAAUACCUGUUUAUCCUGUUGAAUGCAUACUAACAUUUCAUUUUUUCAUAUUUCCUAUGAAUUUAAUGUGAAAGACUGUCUAGAACGUCCAAAGAUACCCACCAGCACUUCUGACGCACUACUUGCUUCUAUGUAUUCAGUCUUUGGUGAAUGCUGCCCUCCACGGGUCAAAACAUGUAAAGCAUGUUAAAUGAUAAUGAACCUGCACCAGAUUCAUUUAGGAUAUAAGUCGUUUCUUUAGUUUUUUUAGUACCUCAUUUCAUGAAAAAAAUGUUUAUUGCAGUGCUUUUACACAUGGUACAUGCUGGGUUAUUUUGCAGGUGCACAUUAAUUGAAUGAUUAGAUUUGUCGCUUUUAUAGUCUGUGUGAUUGUUUCAUUUAGGCUUAUACUUUGUAAAGCUGUCCAUAUUUUGCAAUAA